AUGAUAACCACCACGCCGGCCAGAUACAAGAAGUUCCCAUCACUGACCAACCCAGCGUUAUCCAAAUCACCCGAAAAUCAACAAACCAUACGCAAACUCAAAGAGAUGUACGACAAUCACUCCAAGGAUUGGGACAAAGAAACAAGAUACAACAUCAUCGACCAUGUUCUUAAUGGUGACACCGAAGUCACAGAGCGCAUCGCCCGCGCCCCCAACAAACACAAGCUCCUGCAGCGAAACAUGACAUUCGCCAUUUGGAUCGUGCUUAGAGCGACUUAUGGCUUCGAGAGACUUUCCAGACUUCAGUACCGAUUUAUUGAGAAGUUUCCUGGGAUCGAUCCUGCAUCCCUCGUUAGCCCGGUCCUGGCGAAGAAGACUAAAGUAGGUCCUCUGGAGGACGGAGAAGACUAUGCUCCCCCUUAUCUUGAUCCGCCGCCGCCUACUCGCGCUCCAAGUAUCUUCGGGCCAGUAGACGUUUCUCAGUUUACUUACCGUCAUGAGCAAGACGCCUCCCAAAAGCGAAAGGGACCUGACUUCGCCAACUUCCAACCAUGGAAGAUUCCCAAGACAACAGUAAAACGCGAACCCGAUGCUGCAAACUUCUUGAACACUCUUCGCCCGCCGGCCUUUCCUCAAGUCUACCUCCUACCCACAGAGGAGAGUCGCAACACGGCUUCUCCUGUUCACAACGCGCCCUUACCUUCGAUCGAAAGUCCCUUCAGGUCUUUGGACCCUGAACAGGAAGUUUCAAUGUCUCAGCAAGACAAAGAGAAUUGCGACCCUCCACUUCGACCAUCUCUCCAAAGGCCCGCACAAGCCUCUAGGUCUGUUCAGUCUAUCGAGUCAGGGAACAUUGGCACAAGCCCAUCUCCUUCCUCUUCGCAAAUCCCCCCCUCUCGUUGA